UACUCCAUAGCAAUGGGGGAUUUUCAGAAAUUUGAACAGGACUUCUACCUGUCAGGGUAUUACAUUGAUGACCAGGGACAGGUGGCCUUAGACUACAAUGGCUCUGACCCUAACCCAGAGUAUGAGGAUGAGUAAGUAUAUGGAGUAAACUCUUUCCUGAGUGGUGGUGUAACACACUUCAUUCAGCUUUUAGACUGGGGAGAUUUGAAAGUGUCAAUAAGUCUAACUCAUUAUAUUAUUUUGUUCUCUGAAAAAGAUAAAUUACAUUAUGUCAGGAUAGAAAGGGAGGGGUACAAGUGGGGCAUAUCCCUCUCAUCUUCCCCUACUGUUUUGGACAAGUAGGUACAUUUAGCCAGUAAGAUUUGUGUUUUGUUAUUAGUGGCAUAGAUGUGUUCAUGCCUGGUGUGUUCGCCCCCUCUAUGGGCCAGCCGUACACAGGGCAAGUUUACCAGCCCACAACGCCCGCUGGGACGUAUCAAUACACAGCUGGAACAGACGGAUCAUACGAAGAAGAGCUUCCGUUGCUGGAAGGUAAGACCUGAGUCACCAGUACUGCUCUAAACUGGUGGUUUAUUCAACACAUUGAAAGCUUUAACAGAACUAAAAUUAACGUAAGAACAUAUUUCAACGUGAAAGUGUAUAUAGGUCUUCUCAUCUUCACAUCUGUUGUGUAUUUGUGCAGAGCUUGGCAUGAAUUUUUAGCACAUUUGGCAGAAGACGUUGACAGUGCUGAACCCUAUGAUGCCUGAUGCCAGCAGAUGGCAGCAUCAUGAAUGAGACCGACCUGACGAGCCCUAUUCUGUUCUGUAUCACUCUGGGUGCCACUUUACUCAUGGUGAAGAACCUCCCCAGCAGCUCGUGUGUGUGUGUGUGUGUGUGUGUGUGUUUUCACAGCCCAAGUCAUCAUUAAUCAUUAUUCAGAUAAAAAGCAUUUGUAGCUUUGCUGUAUGUAACUGUGCAUGUACUGUACUGAAAGUGCACUGUAACUAAAUGUAUUUACUCUCUUAUAUAGGCAAGCAAAUCCCACUUUGGCUAUGUCUAUGGGAUCAGUGCCAUCGGCUGUAUGGCCAUCUACACCCUGUUGACCCUGAUGAGUUCCCUGACUGUGUCCUAUGGCUGUGUAGCCAGCGUGCUGGGCUACUGCCUCCCCCCCCAUGGUGGCACUAUCUGCAUUUGCAGUCGUCUUUUCCCUACAGUGAGUAGGCCUUGCAGUCCAAAAACAAUGAAAAGGUUGCCUAAAUAAUAUUGCGUAGAAAAACUACGGUUUGCUCAUCUUGAUUUCUGUUCUGUCAUGUCCUUUUGUUUGAUUUACAUCCAGAGGGAUCAUCGGAAUGAUCCUGGCCUUGCUGGUGAUUGGCUUGUGCAGUUUCUCAGCUUCAUCUCUACCCUGGCUAUGGAGGGCCAGCAGCUGUUGGUAGCGUACCCCUGUGCCAUGCUCUAUGGAGUCUUUGCCUUGCUAACAGUGUUCUAAAGCCCACUAUUGUCACUGACUGUCAACAGAGAUCCAAUUUCUGAGGCACUACAUUGGGCAAUACGUGUCUGGUAUGGGUGUCAGUCUGGUAUUGAGUUAUAGUUAUAUAUGGAGUUUUGUUUGUUGUAUUCCUAGAUUUUUUUUUGUAAUGGGGCUCAGUUUUUCCAUAGGGGUUACUUUACAUUGUGAAAAAUGUAAUCUGGGUGUGUAGUUGGUUGCUGUUAAAUUUAAUUUGAAAUGUUACAUUGUGUCAAAGGGCAACA